ACCACUGUUCAGAGGUAGUCCUUUUCACUACAGCAAUGAUGUAUUCCCCGUAAUCAGGCGUGUUGACUUUUUGCCAAGGAGACUGACCACGACCCAUCCGGAGGGGUAGGGUCUAGCUCCAGCCCGCAUUAAAGGAGGUGAUUAAAUUCAGGGUUAAACAUGGCGGAGCACUCAGUUAAUGAGAACAAGCACAAAACUGCCGUUAACUCUGGCAGUUCGGUGGUGGUGUACAAUCGGCCCUCUGGUGCCGCAGGGGGAGGAGGCCUUUCGGGGGGUCUAUCCCAGCCAGCCGGUUGGCAGUCUCUCCUUUCUUUCACAAUACUUUUCCUGGCAUGGCUGGCUGGUUUCAGCUCCCGACUAUUUGCAGUCAUUCGAUUUGAGAGUAUCAUCCACGAGUUCGAUCCCUGGUUUAACUACAGGUCAACACAUCAUCUUGCAUCCCAUGGGUUUUAUGAGUUUUUAAACUGGUUUGAUGAAAGAGCAUGGUAUCCACUGGGAAGAAUAGUGGGUGGAACGAGUGGCCUUACAUCAAUUUCAACUUUCCUGCUUACCAGAGAACUGUGGAACCAAGGAGCAGGUCUUCUUGCUGCUUGCUUUAUUGCAAUAGUGCCUGGCUAUAUAUCCAGAUCUGUAGCAGGAUCAUUUGACAAUGAAGGCAUUGCUAUUUUUGCACUGCAGUUUACAUACUAUCUGUGGGUAAAAUCUGUGAAAACCGGAUCUGUCUUCUGGGCGAUAUGUUGCUGUUUGUCGUAUUUUUACAUGGUAUCAGCAUGGGGUGGUUACGUAUUUAUCAUCAAUCUUAUCCCGUUGCACGUGUUUGUUUUACUGCUUAUGCAGAGGUUCAGCAGGAGAGUCUACAUAGCAUAUAGUACAUUCUUUAUCGUAGGACUAAUAUUAUCAAUGCAGAUUCCUUUCGUAGGAUUCCAGCCCAUCAGGACAAGUGAGCAUAUGGCUGCUGCAGGUGUGUUUGCACUGCUGCAGGCUUACGCAUUAUUGCAGUACUUGAGGGAUAAGCUGACCAAACAGGAAUUCCAGACAUUGUUUUUUUUGGGAGUGUCAUUAGCUGCAGGAGUUGUGUUCCUGACUGUCAUUUACUUAACCUACACAGGUUACAUUGCACCAUGGAGUGGCAGGUUUUAUUCUCUCUGGGACACUGGGUAUGCAAAAAUACACAUCCCAAUCAUUGCAUCAGUUUCUGAACAUCAACCUACUACUUGGGUGUCCUUCUUUUUUGACUUGCACAUUCUGGUAUGCACUUUCCCAGCAGGACUGUGGUUUUGUAUAAAGAAUAUCAACGAUGAGAGAGUAUUUGUUGCUUUGUAUGCAAUCAGUGCUGUGUACUUUGCCGGAGUAAUGGUACGUCUCAUGCUGACCCUGACUCCAGUUGUCUGCAUGCUGUCUGCAAUUGCAUUUUCCAAUGUCUUUGAACACUAUCUGGGAGAUGACCUGAAGAGAGAAAACCCACCGGUUGAAGAUAGCAGUGAUGAAGAUGAUAAAAGGAAUCCUGGAAACUUGUAUGAUAAGGCUGGCAAAGUAAGAAAGCACGUAUCUGAACAAGAGAGAACAGAAGAAGGGCUUGGUCCAAAUAUCAAGAGUAUUGUCAGUAUGUUAAUGCUGAUGCUUCUUAUGAUGUUUGCUGUUCACUGUACAUGGGUGACAAGUAAUGCUUACUCCAGCCCUAGUGUUGUCCUUGCAUCCUACAAUCAUGAUGGAACUCGAAACAUUUUGGAUGAUUUUAGAGAAGCAUAUUACUGGCUGCGUCAGAACACCGAUGAGCAUGCCCGUGUGAUGUCCUGGUGGGAUUACGGAUACCAGAUAGCAGGAAUGGCUAACAGAACUACCUUGGUUGAUAAUAACACUUGGAAUAACAGUCACAUUGCACUGGUAGGAAAGGCAAUGUCUUCAAAUGAAAGUGCAGCUUAUGAGAUAAUGAAGAGUUUGGAUGUAGAUUAUGUACUGAUCAUCUUUGGCGGUGUGAUUGGAUAUUCUGGUGAUGAUAUUAACAAAUUUCUUUGGAUGGUCAGAAUAGCAGAAGGAGAGCAUCCAAAGGAUAUACGGGAAAGUGAUUACUUCACCCCACAAGGAGAGUUCCGUGUGGACAAAGCUGGCUCCCCUACACUACUGAACUGUCUUAUGUACAAAAUGUCCUAUUACAGAUUUGGAGAAAUGCAGUUGGAUUUCCGGACACCACCAGGAUUUGACCGCACACGCAAUGCUGAAAUUGGUAACAAGGAUAUCAAAUUCAAACACCUUGAGGAAGCUUUCACCUCUGAGCAUUGGCUAGUUAGGAUUUAUAAAGUUAAAGAUUUGGACAACAGGGAGACUUUACAUCACAAACUACGCACCAGUAACAUCAUCCCAAAACAGAAAUACUUAUCAAAGAAGACUGCCAAAAGGAAGCGUGGGUAUGUUAAGAAUAAACUGACCUUGAAGAAAGGCAAGAGAUCCACCAAGAAGGCAAUUUAAGUUUACUGUUUAUAGACGGACCCUUGAUGGGAAGCAGUUGUCCUUGUGAUAAUCAGUCUUUGCCUUUAGCUCCAGAGCCAUUCUACGUCCACGUGGGAUGCAGAUCUACCACUGGUCUAAUUUUUUAUUGAGAUUUCAGGCAGUGUCUGAUAAACCUCUAAAUAAAAUGUUUGGUUUAUUGAACAGACAAUUUGUAGAGUUGAAAUGUGAAGCUAGGCAGAGAGCUGCUGUCCAGGGCUAGCAGCAGAGUUGUACUAUCACAUCUUAUCCUUCAAAUAUGUUGACAAUUUGGACUGUUUGCACCAAAGAGCCCUCAUAUUUGGUCCGUGGCACAUGCAUACUUGUCAGCUUUUUAUUUUUUUAACUGAGUAACUGAACGCUUGAAUCUAAAAUAAGAACAAUUUUAAACAAUAAAGAGGAUUAAACCCUUGAUCAUAACUUUGACCUUCAAAAAAUGAGCCCUAUAAGUAUCUGGGUGCAAGAGAAGAAAUUCAAAAUAAGUUGCAUCUUCCCAGGUCAUUGUAUUGCUUUUGAGAUUCCAGACAAAAAGAUGCAUUUCAAAUAAUGACAGGAAGUUGCAGUAUCCAGCUUAAUCAUUUGUAAGAGAGAGGAGCCUGUCUACUAAAGUUACUGUUGUACCGUUUUGGAAACAUAAUUACUACAGUAGCUGGAAAGAUUUACAGUUAUGUUGUACCACAUAAAUUGAUCUAAAUAUAAGGAAAUGUGUGAUGUUACUAUGCACCGUUCAUUUCUACUUGCCUAAUACAGAAUAAAAAAGGAAUACACAUCCA